AUGGAGACCGGGACGGGGCCGGGAAACGGGGCAUCUGCGGGGUACGGGGCAUCCGCGGGGGCCGUGGGAGCCUGCCUGGAGAUGGAUGCACAGGGCCCGCUCCCCAGUAUUGUGGAAGAGUUCAAGAGAAUAGAUUACAGCAAAUGGCAGAAGGCAGAAGCAGAGGAAAGGAAAUCUCCAGCCCACAGGAUGACUUGGCCACCGCUCACUGAUGAGGACAAGAAGAAAGGGGAGAACAAGCCAGUUGCAUUUAUACCAAGUAGAAAACCACCCUUGCCUUCAGAGACAUCAUCCCAAGAGAAAUACAGAAGUUCUACUCAGAGGAAAUCAGCUCUUCAGAAGGCUGAACUAGCUAAAACCUUGGAAGAGAUCAAAAUUACCACAAAUCUGAUUAAUCUGAAGAAAAACACCAUUGAGGAGCUGAGGCAGCUUAGCACCCACCUGGCAGAGACCGACUACCAGCUAAUCAAGGACAUCCAGCACACUGACAACAGCACUGCCAAGCAAGCCAGGAGCCUGCUGCAGCAGUAUGAAGUAGUUCAGAGGGUGAAAGCAAUGGUGCAGACCUUCAAUCAGAACCAGCUGGAUACAGCAAGGGCAGAGCUCCAGGAAAUGGAAAAAACAGUGGAAAAGAAUCUGGGAAAGCUCCAGCAGCAGCUGGAUGAAGUCACAUCAAAAGUGCAGGUUCUCCAGGACAUCCUGUGGACCUACAUCAAUGGACAGCAUCUGGAACAAGCUGUCCAGACAGUCUUUCUGCAGCACAGCAUCCAGAACCUGAAGGAGCAGCAGCAGAUGGAGACAGACAAGGCAGAAGAAAUGGGGAAGGCCAUCUUGGAGGAACUGGAAGAGAAGGCAUGGGUGGAACAAGAGGUGCUAUUACAGAAAGUCAUGGAGAUUUGUGGAGAGAUGUUGCUGCACCAGGGUGGCCCAAAGCAGAUGGUGAUAAACAACUACAGUCUGCAACAUGAAAUACUGAGGCAAAGGGAGGUGAGCAAGCUGGGUAAGAACCAGCCAGAGCCAGCCACUCUCAGCCUUUGCCCUUCAUGAAUAUUUUGUCUCUCUGCUAUUAUUAAGGACCUGGAGGAGGAGAUUGGUGAGCUGAAGAGAAGCAUCCAGACACUUCACCAGAGUGCAAGAGACCUGAUCUUUGCUGACGUUCUUCUCUACAGACCUAAGUAAGGCUGGCCAGUGAACAUGCAUGGUUCUUUUUCUGUGGCCUUAGCCUGCAGAGUCUUUGGCACUGAGCGCUAAUAACCCUACCCCAUCAUUUCCACAGACAUCAUGGCUAAACCUAUACCCAGCCUGAGCU